UUCAUCCAUAAAACGCUCGAGGGCGCAGCACCAGAGCAGAGCAGGACUGAGAGAGAGGGAGGAGUUUUUAAGAUGGUGAACUUCGUGGAAGCACAGAAACCUGUUCUCCGUGCUCUGGUGAAGCUAGCCGGUCUCCGGCAGCUCACCCUGGAGAUUUACCCCGGCACAGUCAUGAGCUUCUGGAUACCCAAAGAGAAAAUCCCCAAAAAGAGCACCACAAAAGAAAUCGUCCCCGUCGGAAAAAUCGGCGACGUCAACAAAAACAAGAACAAGGGGGAGGGGAAGAAAGAGAAGCCAGCGGUGGUGCUCGUCCAUGGUUUUGCCGCCGAGGGGAUUGUAACUUGGCAGUUUCAGGUGGGAGCUCUUACAAAACUCUACUCCGUUUACAUCCCGGACCUGCUCUUCUUCGGGGGUUCAAGUAGCGCUGCGGCAGAUCGGUCGCCGGACUUUCAAGCCGAAUGCCUAGCCGCCGCUCUGGACCAGCUUGAAGUGGCGAAAUGCACGGUUGUGGGGUUCAGUUACGGUGGAAUGGUGGCGUGCAAGAUGGCGGAGGCGAGACCGGACCUGGUGAAGGCCAUGGUUGUUUCGGGAUCUGUCACUGCCAUGACUGAUUCGAUAAGUGAGGAGACGAUGGAGCGGUUGGGAUUCUCAUCAUCCAAGGAGCUCUUGUUGCCGGAGUCCGUCAAGGGCUUGAAGGCGCUUUUGAAAGUGGCGACUUACAAGAAGCUCUGGUUUCCGGAUUUCUUACACCGGGACUAUCUCGAGGUGAUGUUCAGCAAUAGGAACGAACGUGCGGAGCUGCUGGAGGGGCUCCUAAGAUGCAACAAGGAUGACCAUGUUCCGAAUUUGUCUCAGAGAAUACUUCUUCUGUGGGGCGAAAACGACAACAUCUUCCAUUUGGAGCUCGCCCAGAACAUGAAAGAUCAAUUAGGAGACAAUGCCACGCUGCAAUCCAUUGAGAAGGCAGGCCACCUAGUUCACCUGGAGCGGCCCUGCGCCUACACUCGCCACCUCAAGAAUUUCCUAGCCCUCGUCAAUGCCCAAGAUACCCUAGAGUAGUUAUGUCCCACCGUUUAAUUUGAAUUAAGAAUAAACGAAUUUGGAUUAGUAUUAUUUUUUUCUAUCAUAUUGUAUUUUAUUUGAAUAACAUUUCCAUUAAUGCAAUCAUGGAUUUUAAAUCGAAGAAAUGAUUUCAGCCACAUAUGUAAAUCUUUCCUGCCAUCAUAUGAUUGAUGCUUCUGCUGCUUUGGGAAGAAGUAUGCUUCUAUGUAAUGCAAAAUUUCUUCAUGCUGAAAUUUACUGCUUUGAAUUCG